UUUGGCAACACUUAUCAUAUAUUUAAAAAAAUGGCGGAUGACAAUGAGCAGGGUCCGACAAAUUCAGUCGAGGAACCAUUAGAUCUCAUUAGAUUAAGUUUGGACGAGAGGAUUUAUGUGAAAAUGAGAAAUGACAGAGAAUUGAGAGGGAGACUUCACGCUUACGAUCAACAUUUAAAUAUGAUUCUUGGUGAUGUGGAAGAAACUGUUACAACUGUAGAAAUUGAUGAAGAAACAUAUGAAGAAGUUUAUAAGGUAAAUAUAUAUCUUAUAAUUUAUUAAAAUCUGUAUUAAUGGACUAAUCCCCUAUUUCACCAAUA